AUGAACGGUUACUGGAAACCUGCGUUGGUUGUCCUGGGAUUGGUAUCUCUAUCAUAUGCUUUUACCACCAUUGAAACAGAAAUUUUCCAAUUACAAAAUGAAAUAAGUACGAAAUAUGGCCCAGAUAUGAACUUCUACAAGUUCUUGAAGUUACCUAAACUGCAGAAUUCUAGUACAAAGGAGAUUACAAAAAACUUAAGAAAGCUAUCCAAGAAGUACCAUCCGGAUAAGAACCCUAAAUACCGUAAAUUGUAUGAAAGGUUAAACCUCGCUACUCAAAUUCUUUCAAACAGCUCUAAUCGUAAGAUUUAUGAUUAUUAUCUACAGAAUGGCUUUCCAAACUAUGAUUUCCAUAAGGGUGGUUUUUAUUUUUCCAGAAUGAAGCCUAAGACUUGGUUCCUGCUGGCCUUUAUUUGGAUAGUCGUUAAUAUUGGGCAGUAUAUCAUUUCUAUUAUUCAAUAUCGUUCUCAAAGAUCAAGAAUUGAAAACUUCAUCAGUCAGUGUAAACAACAGGAUGAUACCAAUGGACUAGGCGUAAAACAACUAACGUUUAAACAACAUGAAAAGGAUGAGGGUAAAAGUUUGGUUGUAAGGUUUAGCGAUGUCUAUGUUGUAGAGCCUGAUGGAAGUGAAACACUAAUUUCGCCAGAUACCUUGGAUAAACCUUCAGUAAAGAACUGUUUGUUUUGGAGAAUACCUGCUUCGGUUUGGAACAUGACGUUUGGCAAAUCUGUUGGUAGCGCAGGAAAAGAAGAAAUAAUAACGGAUAGUAAAAAGUAUGAUGGUAACCAAACAAAAAAGGGGAACAAAGUAAAAAAGGGUUCUGCAAAGAAAGGCCAAAAGAAAAUGGAAUUGCCUAACGGUAAAGUGAUCUAUUCACGUAAAUGA